AUGACUUUGACACCAAAUCAGACUUGCGACGAAGAGGGCUUCAUCAAGGUGGAAAGGAAGAAGAGGAAGCCCGCUUGCCGCAACUUGUGUGGUGUUGCCCCGACCGGACCGAACCACCUGCUGCAUCCUGCAAUACUGACGACGCCGCUGUACGUGUCCCGAAUGCAUUACUCUACGAAAGAAGAGGAGAUCGCAGAGUACCUGCGAGUGAAGACGAAGUUCUCCCUGAGGGUCGCAUGGUUGGAGUCCCGUCAUAAUGUGAAUUUUAAUUCAUUUGUGGUGAAGGUGCCGACCGAACAUCUAGCGACUUUUAUGAAAGAAGAACUUUGGCCGGAAGGUGUUGUGUUCCGGCGAUUCCGAGGCCGGUUACCUGAUACCACUACGCGUCACACCCCCCUUACACUACUCUGCUCCAACACCACUCCCACCCAACACCGCCCUAAACUAGGGCGACUGCUCUCAGUACACGCGGCGACAGCUAGCAGGCACCCAGCUGUCCACGCGCCGAAAGCCAGCUGA